AUUCCUGUUUUCCCCAGUUCGCGACACACAUAGAGAGUGUAGAUACGCUUUCACGAGCGUCUCCGACGUCGGACUUCCGGCUUCCGCUCAUCAUCUCCACAUCUCUAACGCUAAAGAUUAAGCAUGCCCGAAAUUCAAUUGGGUGUUCAUACAAUAAGAUCCCAUGGAGUCACAGUCGCGAGGUUCCAUAUGCAUGACUGGCUCAUUCUUCUGCUGCUUAUCGUCAUCGAUAUUGUUCUCAAUGUCAUCGAACCUUUUCAUCGUUUUGUUGGAGAAGAUAUGCUCACUGACCUAAGAUACCCUCUGCAAGACAACACAAUUCCUUUCUGGGCUGUCCCGUUGAUAGCUGUUGUACUACCUUUUGCUGUCAUUUGUGUUUACUACUUCAUCCGAAAUGAUGUUUAUGACCUGCAUCAUGCAAUACUAGGUCUUUUGUUCUCUGUACUCAUAACCGGUGUUUUAACCGAUGCUAUAAAGGACGCUGUAGGUCGACCUCGUCCUGACUUCUUUUGGCGUUGUUUCCCUGAUGGUAUAGGGAUCUUUCACGACGUCACAAAGAAUGUUCUGUGUACUGGAGCUAAGGAUGUGGUCAAAGAGGGACACAAAAGCUUCCCCAGCGGGCACACAUCUUGGUCGUUUGCUGGUCUAGGAUUUCUAUCUUUGUACUUGUCUGGGAAAAUCAGGGUAUUUGACCAGAGAGGGCAUGUUGCAAAGCUCUGCAUUGUGAUCCUACCUCUACUGGUUGCAGCAUUGGUUGGUGUAUCCCGAGUAGAUGACUAUUGGCAUCACUGGCAAGAUGUGUUUGGAGGAGCUAUCAUAGGAUUGACUGUGGCCACGUUUUGUUACCUGCAAUUCUUCCCUCCUCCGUACGAUCCAGACGGUUGGGGACCUCAUGCGUACUUCCAGAUGCUCGCAGACUCAAGAAACGAUGUCCAAAAUUCAGCAGGAAUGAAUCAUCUAAGCGUGAGGCAAACAGAGCUAGAGAACGUGUACGUUGAUCGAGAAGAGACGUCUAUGGAAAUAUCAAGAAGCAACACGCGGGACACCACCCGUAUGCUUGAGAACCGCUAAGUGAAAGUCUUGUAUACUCGUUUGUCAGUCUAUGUGUAUUUGGGUAAAUCGUUAUAUUCUACCAAAAAAACAAUUAGUUAUAUUUAGUAUUUUCUUGAAAGGUGUUAAUUUCCAUAUUACGUUUUCAAAAUGGUACUUAUAACCAAAUUGAUUGAAAAUGAAAAGGGGUCAUAUGA